ACUCUUCCAAAGUCCAAACACUAUUCUUUCCUCUAUAAAAUCGCCUUUGCACGGGAAAAAGGAAACCGAGAAAGUUUCGGAUUUUCGAUUUCAUUCAAAAACAAAAGAAUUUAUUAUAUUUUAUGAAUGGCAUGUCUUAGAGUAAUUGAAAUUCAAAUGGAAAAGAAAAUAAUUGUAAACAGAAUCACGUACGAAUUCUCGCUCUAACUUUUUAUUUGUCUCUCUCUCUCUCUAGAAAAUUGGUUCCCUUAUAUAAGUUGGAUCAGUCUUUUUUAUGGAUCUUCGUGUAGACGAGACUUCGAUCUCCAAGCGACUCAAACCAACCCAGAUUCUUCUUUGUGAUGCAAUGGAUAUUGGACAAGUUGAAGAUCCAACAACUGUUUUGAUUGGUUCUGAGAAAGCUGGCGUGGAUAGUAAGGGAAAGACUAAAAUAUGCUAUGACAAGAAGUGGGACGACCAUGUGAAGGAUGCUUCAGCCAGUGAUCAGGGAAAUUCUGUUAGUGUUGCAGGGUCUGAGGAUAGUAACAAUCCUCUUAAGAGUUCUACCUCAGGAUCAAUCAACUCAAAUAAUCUCAAUAGUUCUAACUCUGAUAUUUCAUAUCAUGAUGAUGACAACGAUUGUGAUGAGGACUGUGAUGACUAUGCUGAUGAUGUUUCUGAUUAUGGUGACAAUGAUGAUUUCUUAUAUGAAGAUGAUUAUUCGAUUAUGCAAUCCCAUUUUGAUCAUGUGGAUCUCCCUCCUGGGGUAGAGGCUUCAAUUCCCUGGUUGAAAGACCCUACUCCAAUUGUAAAUGUGCCAUCUGGUCUGGGUGAGUCAACUGGCCCUGGUCCUGCUGAAAGCGUGAAGUCAACAACAUCAAAUUUAGCUGGUAGCAAAGUGAAGUCAGCUUCUACCAGUACUUCAAUAGUCUCAAGAGAGUCAGGAUCUGAUCAGAAAGAAGAAGGAAAUGAAGAACAUGAUGUUAUGCAAACGUUUCAAAGUUUUAAACAUUUUGAUGUUGUGGAUGAUUUCUCAGACCAUCAUUACAGCAAUUUAACCUUAUCAGGAGAGAAGCAACCAAAGGAGUGGGCGAAGCGAAUUCAAGAUGAGUGGAAAAUUUUGGAGAAAGACUUACCAGACACAAUAUACGUGAGAGUUUAUGAAGCCAGGAUGGAUCUUUUAAGGGCUGUCAUUAUAGGACCUUCUGGUACUCCUUACCAUGAUGGCCUUUUUGUAUUUGAUUGUUUCUUCCCUCCAAAAUACCCCAGUGAGCCGCCGAUGGUUUAUUACUACUCUGGUGGCCUCCGGUUAAAUCCAAAUUUGUACAACUGUGGUAAAGUAUGCCUAAGCCUUUUGGGCACCUGGCAUGGUCAGCAGACUGAGAUGUGGGUUCCAGGGCAAUCAACCAUGCUACAAGUUUUGGUUUCCAUACAAGCUCUGAUUCUGAAUGAUAGACCCUUCUUUAAUGAGCCUGGGUAUGAAACUUCGUAUGUAGGGGAUGAAGGUGACCGGAGGUCCAGGAAGUACAAUGAGGAUGUGUUUGUUCUAUCCUUGAAGACAAUGAUUUACACACUAAGAAGACCGCCGAAGCAUUUUGAGGCCUUUGUUGCUGGUCAUUUUCGCAAGUGUGCACGUGAUAUUAUGGUGGCAUGCCAAGCAUAUAAAGAGGGUGCUAAGGUAGGGUCUGUUGUGGUUAAAGACGGCGUUCCAGAUCCUGAUAAAAUCGAAAAGGGUAGCUCAGAGGAUUUUAAAGGAACUAUGCAAAAGAUGAUUAAUUUAGUGGUUAAGGAGUUUGUGAAAAAUGGGUCAACAGACUGUGAGCAGUUUCAGGCUUCCAGAAGCUGAUACCAUUUGGAGUUGGUUAGAUAUAAAACGUAGGAUGGGAUUGUUAAGCCAUUAUGGAAGCUAAUGUAGAGCGGUUUGUCUUCCAAAUGCUUUGGUGAAUGCAAAAUUUUGAUGAACUUGGUUACAUUAUUGCAUAGUUUUUAAACAGUAUAUAAUGUUGGGGCUUAUAUGGAGGUUUAACCUUAUUUUGGAAGGGCUCGGAAUGAUUAAAUGAGUCUACAUGUAUGUUUCUUUCUUAUUCUAUAGUCUUUUCAGUCAACAUGCACAGGUAAAUUAAAUGUUGAUAAAAGCAUAAGCAUUUGUAUUA